ACUUACGCGCUGGCUAUCACAAGAUGGCGCUCUAACUUUAAAGCACUGGGUCGUCUCCGUUGACAACAACAACGCCGACAUUCGACAAGUUGAGAAAUUACUUCAAUCAAAAAGGACAAUUUUAUUCGAUGUUGCAAAGAUGCCUGAAAAUGCUAUUGUGACCCUUAGGUAUGGACCAUAUCGAUCCUGUGGUGUUGUAGCUCACAGAACACAGCGAUUGGAGGGUUUACGAGCCCUACUGGAGUCAGAUGGACACGCUGUAGAGUUUGAAGAGAUUGAGGACUGGGAUUUCGUGGAGCUCAUUGUUAAUGGAGAAAAAAUUUACCAGUGUAAUAUCAAGGAUCUGGAUUUUGGAGGAGAUGGAAGGUUGGAUGAUCUCUGCAAGAAUGCCCUGACAGCAGUGAAGGAAGCUUUCUGAACAUUUUAGGAAAAUAAUAUAAAACUUGCAAAUGGACCUCUUUCUGUUAAGAAAAUUGAUAUGAUCUCUAUUUUGAGGAGAUCACGAGCCUUACAUAUCUCUCACAUAUCUUCUUUGAUAGACCAUCACGGAAUUUAAAGCAAAUGCAAGUCAACAAUGUCAUCCAAAGAGCAUCUAAUGGAAAUAUAUGUAUAAUAUGAAACUUUAUCUAUGUAAAUAAAUUUGUGUACAUAUUUUGCUAUAAAAUUGCAAUAUCUUACUUUGUAAAUGUCUGUAAAAAAAAAAAAGAAAUCAACAGCGAGAAUUGAAAACCAGCACUGUGCAUGGCAUUAUGGGUAGAAUUGUGCCUUUUCCUUUGUGUAUGUAGAUUUCAAAAGGGCAGUCUUUAAAUUUCAUACUCUUGUAAAGAAAAAAAAAAGUAUAAUUAUGUUGAUUGAAGUUGAAGCCCAUCAAGUGGAGCGUUGUGGCCCAGUGGAUUAGUCUCCGGACUUUGAAACAGAGGGUCGUGGGUUCGAAUCCCAGCCAUGGCGUAAUUUCCUUCAGCAAGAAAUUUAUCCACAUUGUGCUGCACUCGACCCAGGUGAGGUGAAUGGGUACCCGGUAGGAAGAAAUUCCUCGAAUGCUCGAGCGCCCGAUAGAGGUAGCCGUGCUAAAGCCGGGGUAAUAAUAGCAGGGCCCGCUGGGAGAACAGUUUUCGGAACUGAAGUGGCUACCCUGGGUAAAUAUGCCGCUAUUAUUAUUAUUAUUAUCAAAAGAAUGUCAUGUAUUGCAUUGUUUAGGGUUGUUUCCUAUAUUUCACAGUUGUGUGUGUAUGUGGGUGUGUGUGUGUGGGAGGGGGUGUUCUUAUGACAAGGAACAACCUAAAAAGGUCAACACUCCAAAAGGGUCACUUUUAUUAUUAAAAAAGAAUUGGAAAGUGUAAAAAUUUAUGGGGAGGGGGUAUUCAUUUUGAAAAGGGUUUAAUUAUCAAUUUAGCUGCUAAAUUUAUUAUUUUUGUUAAUGAAUGAACCAAGAGGAUGGAUGUUCGGGUGUGCUUUUGUGUGUGAUGAUGACGAUGUUUCUUGGUGGGUGUGUCUGUGUGUGAAUGUGCAUAUUUCGAUUUUCCCCCUCUUCAUCACUGUAUUUUUUGGAGGCUUCUUAUUUUCAAGUGUAAACUUUUUGUUGCCCUCCUUUUCUUGUAAUGAUAUUUCCAUAUAUGAAUGUACAAUUUGAUGAUAUUUUAAUCAUUAUCAAGAAUAAGUUAAAAAGGGCAUUCUUAAUGUACUUUUGGUUCAAGGGGGAUGGGGUGAGGAGGGCCAGACAUUGAUUAACAUUCGAGUGCAAAAAAAAGAAGGAUAUUUGCCACAAUUGGAAUCGUUAUUUGAAAUAUAUGUAGUUAUUUGUUAACUAUUUGGAUCACAAUUUGCUUCUUUAUAUAUACCUGUGAUCCAGUUGUUUAUAAUGAUUAUGUGUCAAUUUUUUGAUAAAUUUAUAAAAGUACCUACUUUAGGCCCCAUUACAUAAAAACUGACUAGUAAUGGUUUCUAUCCUAUCAAUUUGUCACAUUGGUUGAGCAUUGUUAUUACAAGCAUUUUUCACAGACAAAUAUUUGAUUGAUAUUUAUCUGUAUAUUGUUUUUUUUUGUACUUGUCUUUUUAUGUAAGUAAAAUUGGCUUGUAAGCAAUUUUCUAAGUUACUAAGUUAGUACAAUUUAUUGAAAAAAAAUACAAAGACUGAAUUAUGUAAA